AUGACUACUGAUUUUAUACCAACUGAAGGAUAUCUUCAAACAAUAUCGCAUGCUACCGAAACAAUAAAAGCUAAAUUAGCUAAUACAAAAUUGGCUAAUCCAAGAGUAAUGAUAAUUUGUGGAUCAGGUCUCGGUGGAAUUGCUGAUAUACUUGAUGAUUCAUCAAAAAUCGAAAUUUCAUACGAGAAAAUCCCAGGGUUUAAAACUUCAACUGUUCAAGGACAUAUUGGUAAAUUAGUGUUUGGUUUAAUUGGUGAUAAAAAAGUUCCAGUUAUGUGUAUGGUUGGUAGAUUACAUUUUUAUGAAGGUUAUACUUUUCAGCAAACAACUUUCCCAAUAAGAGUAGCUAAAAUAUUGAAUAUUGAUACUGUUGUAGUUACAAAUGCAGCAGGUGGUAUAAAUUCUCAAUAUAAACCUGGUGAUUUAAUGGUUAUUGAAGAUCAUAUAAAUUUCCCUGGUUUAGCUGGUUGGCAUCCAUUAAGAGGUCCAAAUUUAAAUGGAUUUGGUCCUAGAUUUCAACCAUUAAGUGAUGCUUAUGAUUAUGAUUUACGUAAAUUAUUUUUGACUACAGCUAGAGAUAAAUUGAAAAUUACUAGAAAUAUUCAUGAAGGUACUUAUUUUUUUGCAGCUGGUCCUACUUUUGAAACUAGAGCUGAAGUUAGAUUGAUUAGGGCAUUAGGUGGUGAUGCAGUUGGAAUGUCAACUGUUCCAGAAGUUAUAAUUGCGAGACAUUCAGGAUUAAAAGUAUUAGCUUUAUCGUUAAUUACAAAUGCUGGUGUCGGUGAAAAACCACCAAGUGCAUUUCAUGAAAAUCCAAUUGCUUUAGAUCAAGGUAUGGCAAGUCAUGAUGAAGUUUUACAAGCUGCUGAUGAAGCUUCAAAAGACGUACAAAGAAUAAUUGAAUCAGUGGUUAAUGAAUUAUAG